GCCCGCGGAGGCGAUGAGGGUGCUGGUGCGGCGCGGCUGGGGGCCCCGGCCGGUGGGGGGCGGUCCAGGCGCAAGGCCGAGCCCGCAGUGGCGAGCGCUGGCCGGGCUCGGCGCGUCCCCCGGCGGGGAGGACGGCCGGGGCGUCCGCGUCCGAGAGAAGCCUCCCUGGCGGGUGCUCUUCUUCGGCACCGACCGGUUCGCCCGCGAGGCGCUGCGGGCGCUGCACGCCGCCAGGGAAAAUAAAGAGGAAGAGUUAAUUGAAAAUUUGGAGGUGGUCACAGUGCCCUCUCCAUCACCAAAAGGACUGCCAGUGAAGCAAUAUGCUGUCCAGUCUCAGCUUCCAGUGUAUGAGUGGCCAGAUGUGGGAUCUGGAGAGUACGACGUUGGAGUGGUAGCUUCAUUUGGCCGACUUUUGAGUGAGGCUCUUAUUCUUAAAUUUCCCUAUGGCAUGUUGAAUGUCCAUCCCAGUUGCCUCCCGAGGUGGCGUGGUCCAGCCCCUAUAAUCCAUACUGUGCUUCAUGGAGACACAAUUACUGGAGUGACGAUUAUGCAAAUUAGACCUAAAAGGUUUGAUGUCGGCCCAAUUAUCAAACAGGAAACGGUUCCUGUGCCACCUAAGAGCACCGCCAAGGAACUGGAGGCAAUGCUGUCAAGACUGGGUGCUGACAUGCUAAUUUCAGUUUUGAAAAAUUUGCCUGAGAGUUUGAGCAAUGGAAGGCAACAACCAACUGAGGGAGUGACACAUGCUCCUAAGAUUUCUGCUGGUACCAGCUGUAUAAAAUGGGAGGAACAAACUUCAGAGCAAAUAUUCAGACUUUAUCGUGCCAUUGGAAAUAUAAUUCCAUUGCAGACUCUCUGGAUGGAUAAUACCAUUAAACUUCUGGAUUUGGUUGAAGUUAAUAGUUCAAUCCUCACUGAUCCAAAAUUAACAGGACAACCUGUUAUUCCAGGAUCAGUCAUAUACCACAAACAGUCACAAAUACUGCUGGUUCGUUGCAAGGAUGGCUGGAUUGGUGUUCGAUCAGUGAUGCUCAAGAAAACACUAACAGCUACUGAUUUCUACAAUGGAUAUCUGCACUCCUGGUACCAGAAAGAUUCCGAAGCUCAACCAAGCCAAUGCAGAUUUCAGACUCUCAGACUUCCAACAAAGAAGAAGCAGGGGAAAAAAAAUUGUUGCUAUGCAACAGUGCAUUAAGUAGUUAAGUAGAUGGACAAGAACCUACUACAUAUUUGUAAUUUAUUAAAAGCCUUAUUUACAAGGAAUUACCUUGACUAUCAAAGAAGAUGACACUGUUGGAGGGAAAGAAGAUUAUUGUCAAAAAGAUGAAUUACCUCACUUCCCAUUUUUUGUUUAACAGUAGUUAAAAACUUUUUUCUAUUUGAAUAACCAAAAAAGCUUUAAAUAAAAUUUGUAUUUAUAAUGUGAAACUCAAGGAGGUUUUAUCUUUCCCUAAAAGUAAAUGCAACUAAUUAAUAA